AUGGCGGAUAAAGCGGUCCGGCUAUCAGACGGGAAAGCGGCCAAGCUACGCGCCUCCUGUGAUGCGUGUAAUGAGAGCAAAGUGCGCUGCAGUCAAACGAAGCCAUCAUGCACGCGGUGCCAGAAACAACGGAUCAUCUGCGUCUACGGCUUGUCCCGC